GAAAAUACUUCUUUGCGCGAACGUUUGGGCAAAGAAGAAAUACAACUCCCAGUGACCAUCGGGCGAAAGAAACAUCGCGAGAUGUUGUUUGAUAUGAGAAGUUGGUCAUGUGAAAGUGAGUGUGGGGAUUCCUGCCUUGGGCCUGGAACAUACCUGAAUUCAUAAACAUAAGGAGCAAUGGAACAUAUACGGAUAUAACAUAUAACAGAAAUAAAACUAAAGGAAAAUCACCCAGACAGCUGCAAGGUGGAGUCCAAGGCCCAGAGAGGCAGAAGUGGUGUGUUGUGGGGACGGUGAUACAUUGGUUUCUGAGUCGGAAGGGUGGCGAUGUCGAGCACAGCCAUGAAGAAGAAGGUGUUGCUGAUGGGGAAGAGUGGUUCCGGGAAGACCAGCAUGCGGUCAAUCAUCUUCGCCAAUUAUAUCGCCAGAGAUACGCGCAGGCUGGGGGCCACAAUUGAUGUGGAGCAUUCCCAUGUGCGAUUCCUGGGCAACCUGGUAUUGAACCUCUGGGACUGUGGAGGACAGGACACCUUCAUGGAAAACUACUUUACUAGCCAGAGGGACAACAUCUUCCGGAAUGUGGAGGUGCUGAUAUAUGUGUUUGACGUGGAGAGCCGUGAGCUGGAGAAGGACAUGCAUUACUACCAAUCUUGCCUGGAAGCCAUCCUGCAGAACUCCCCCGAUGCCAAGGUCUUCUGUCUGGUGCACAAGAUGGACCUGGUGCAGGAGGACCAGAGAGACCUGAUUUUUAAGGAGCGCGAAGAGGACCUGAGGCGGCUCUCCCGCCCCUUGGCCUGCACCUGCUUCAGGACGUCCAUAUGGGACGAGACUCUGUACAAGGCAUGGUCCAGCAUCGUCUACCAGUUGAUCCCCAACGUGCAGCAGCUGGAAUCCAACCUACGCAACUUCGCCCAGAUCAUCGAAGCGGAUGAAGUGCUGCUCUUCGAGAGAGCAACGUUCCUGGUGAUCUCACACUACCAGUGCAAGGAGCAGCGUGACGCACACAGGUUUGAGAAGAUCAGCAACAUCAUCAAGCAGUUCAAGCUGAGUUGUAGUAAACUGGCAGCCUCCUUCCAAAGCAUGGAGGUGCGCAAUUCCAAUUUCGCCGCCUUCAUCGACGUGUUCACCUCCAACACCUACGUUAUGGUGAUCAUGUCGGAUCCCUCCAUCCCCUCCGCAGCAACCCUCAUCAACAUCCGCAAUGCCAGGAAGCAUUUUGAGAAGCUGGAGCGCGUCGACGGCCCCAAGCACAGCCUGCACAUGCGAAUGCGCUGAGGCCCCGCCUCCGCCCGCACUCAGCCAAUCAGCCGCAAGCGUCCCGCUCCUGCGGCCCUGCCGCCUCGCUUAGGAGAUGAAAGCUUCAGAAAAUGCGUGAAACCAGCCCCGUGUUGCCGUCUUCACUCAAUCAUACUGUGUUUUCUACUGUAAAAGUACUAAAGAAAAUUAACCUGCCAUUUGUGGGGUGGGGGGGGUGUCACUUUCUCUGGAUUUCUUUUUGCAGGGGGACUGUGUACAUCACUUUUUUUUUCAUUUUUUAAUUUUUUUUGCCUAUGUAGUCUCUGUACACUGUGCACAUGCGGAGGAUUCACUUAGAAUAGAGCAAUUGCGCUUUUUAACACAAGGACUGUCACUAUAUCGGUCUGUUCUCUUCAUUCUUUUCCACAAAGACUUGAGCGAUGCAAGUAUCAAACAUGAGAAGUUAGUACAAGUUUUCUGUACAUCUUCUGCUAACACUGACACCAGUGAGAAACUCCCCGAAAAGUUUCGCCGCGUCCCGUAAGCGUGAGCAACGGCAACAGAAGUCCCAUUAAAACCCACCACAGCGGAUUACGUAACAUGGCUUUCAUAACAUGAGCUCCUUGCACAGUGUAUUGAAACAUGUUUUAUGGAAUUCUGUUGUGACAGGAUUGUACUCUAAAUAUUUUUUUUUGGUCUUAAAGUUAUUGAUAGUAUGAUUGAAAAAUGAUAGUAUGAUUAAAAAGAAUGGUUGAAGGACGUUUUUGCAAAGUGUGUGUGUUCAAGGACAGACAGAGGGCAGCGGGAAAAUUACAACACUGAAGGAUCAGAAAUUGCGCCAAUAUUUCACUACGAUUUUCAUUAUUUUGGGAGUAGUUUUCUUACAGUUGCAGAAAGUGUGUUGUAGGCAGAGGUGGAAAGUGUAGGUUCAGAAAGUACAAAUACAAACCAAGAUUUCGUAUCAGAAAGUAUAAAAACAGACUCAGGAUUUCGUUUCAACCAACCAGUUGAAUAUAAAAAGUCACAUUCACAGAGUACCCAUCUGGUUAAUGGAAGAGAAAAUCUUGGUCUGGAUUUGGAACCUGUACAACUUUCGGUGUGUUCCAGGCUCACCUCCGAGAACGCCUCGACUUAAAUGUUCCUCAUGUUGUGCGACUUGGUUUUGGGUUGCCAAGUAAAUAUGCAAAUAAAGAAAAUGGCUAGUAA